AUGGGGGACUUAAGUGGAAGAUCAGAAUUUUCAGGGAGAGUGGUCCCAGGGUCAGAGACUGUUCUCGUCAAAUUGAAAGGAGCUGAGAGCUGUUUUGCUGGCCUUGAGAGCAGUUCUUCCUAUGAUCCAGAACAGACAUGUGAGAGUGAUAUCCGACAAUCGGACGGUGGUCUCAUAUCUCAAUCAUCAAGGAGGAACCAGGUCAGAUUCCUUACAACGGAACCAGGUCAGAUUCCCAGCUGGAUCAGAGAAGCUAUAUCCUUGGCAUAUUCAGUGUCCGAAUACGUCACGGAAAGAGAUCCAUCUUCGUUGGAGGUACAUAGAAGUCCGGCUGGUCGGGAAGAAGCGUUCCGGAAGAAAAGGACUUCUUUCAAGCAGCUGCAAGGGACGGGAGAGUACAGCACCAACAAGAAGAUGGAGGCUCAGAAAAAUAACACAAGAGGGAGACACUCCAUGGGACCUCACUACCAGGGAAGAGCUAGGCAUCCUCUGAAUGGGAUACGUAUCCAGCUUGUGACACUGGUGGUAAGCAUGUUGGUGGCAGGCUCAGCCUCUUCAGGGGAGGACCUGGGGACUAAUAUUGGUAUGGCCAGCAUAUCACUUGAUGGACCCGGCCUUUUAAUGGUGGAAUGUUUGGGUGGCAAAAUCCUGGAACCAUACGAGCACGUUACCUUUACACCAGGUCAAUGGUAUCUGUAUGGUUUCCAGAGAGAGGGUUUUGCCAACGGUGUAAUUCAGCAUUAUACCCCGGUGGAGAAUGUGUCUGCCAUACAACAUGACUUGCACGCCCUCUGUCUCAAGGAAUACAGGCAUUUUCAGGACUUGGACCCUGUACCUAUCAAAUCCUUAAGAUGGGUGUCUAGGAAUCCACACCUGCACCCUUACCAGCAAGUGAGAGCCAACACUACCUCAGUGUUGUGUACAAAGGAGGGUUUGCUGAGUCCUGAAGAUGUCACUGGGGCAGAGUACAGCGGUUGGUAUAUCCUGAAAGCUACCUUCCUAGGGAAGGAUAGCAGAAACGGGUUGAGGGUUAGGACAUAUUUCGAUAGGCCCAUUCCGGUAAAAGGCACCCUGAAGGCUUAUUGUAUGUUGAGGGAUUCCCAGAUGAUUAUCACCAGGGAAUCCAGUUAUGUACAGGGACAUGUAUCCACAGAUUACUUGCGAACCAGCAUAAUGAUGUUAAAGUUAAAUUGCAGUGACUCUGAUCAGGCCAUCUGGAAUGAUCAGAGUGGUCCGGUAAAACUGGAGGGUUUGUAUCGAGCCACAGUUUUAAAGGUACGGACCGAUGCCAAGGACCCAAGGUAUACGCAGUUAAAGGGGUCUCCAUCCAUACGGUCUUUCAUGAUUACGAUCAUGAGAGACAACUGCGUUCCUGAGGUGACGGGAUACUAUUUCGUCACCUAUGCCCACUGGGAACAGGAUACCCAGAUGGUGAUGUUAGACACUAAUCCCUGGAGGUGGGAUUUAGUGUGUAAUGGGGUGGACACCCCUACAGUGGAUGUAUGGAUGGAUGGUACCCCUAUGACUGAGGAAUACCGGGGUAGGUAUGUGUCUUCCGAUUGGACAGACCCCAGAGGCAGGGACAUUAACUUUGACAUCAAUAUAGAUGGUUCAUUCAAGUGGCCUUUUUGUGAGGCAGCCGACGAAGGGUGCUGGACCUUUACUCAAUGGGUCUAUCUAUCUCAAACCAAACCCGUAGGGAAACUAGUGUUACAAGCUGGAGAAGACGAACAAUGGUAUCCAUUCAAAGGACGGGGACAGGUCUGUGUUACGGUAGUAAGGGUCCCUUACGAAACAGAAGGUCUCCAACCAGUACGACCACAUUCGGACUCUUGCACCACCCCUAUCCAUCAAUUGGCAGACCCUGUAGCUCCUCAACUGUCAUCCCCCUGGAAGAUCAUCACGGAUGCAAAAUUCAUCCUGUUUACCUGGAGAAUUUCCGUGGAUGACUUCAGAGUGGAUCACUGGGAUCACAGGUGUGAGGAGUUCGUUAGGAACCAAAUUGACAUGGUAAGAGGUUGGAUAGAGGCGGGGCAAGAGGUCAGGAAAGACGACUCUCGACUCAGGAAGAACAGGGGGAGGAGAGACCUGGUGGCUAUGGGACUUGAGGGUUUACAACACUCGCACAUUGAUGCCACUACCUCUCUAUCUUCCGCUAUACGUGAGAAGUUUAGGAGGUUAGUUGUGGGUCUUUUGGAGGAGCAGGAUCGGGCUCAGCUUGCUCUGGCGUGUACGCAGGUCCAGAGCGAACUCUCGGACAACCUUAAACAUAUGGUCACGGCACUUCAUAACGGCCACUUCCCAUUCAACCUCCGUCAGCGAAUAAGCCCACUAAUUUCUCCUUUUGCCAUUAAUCACACCAACUGGUGGGUGGUUCAGUGGCAUGGAUGUCAAAAUUUAACCUGCACUGCUUCGUCCCUGGCACCUGUAUCCGGUCGCAUCAGACAAGGAUACAGUGUCAUCAAUCUAGGAACAAUGAUUAACAACCAGACGGUGCUUCAUCCCCAGCUCCCCUCGGGCGUUCUAACCUAUGAGGAGGGCCAUCCCUCUUUGUUUGAUACAGAGGGAUGUCGGAUAAGGGAGAAUGCCAUCCUCUGUCAGGGUAGUCGGGAGCGGACGCUCAGACACCAGUGUAGGAACACCGAGGGGUCCUGUGAGAUGAAGGCCAACCCAAUGCCCUCAUCCUCUUUGAAAUAUUUGGGGCAGGGGUAUUGGUGUGGGUACCAAGGGAGUGAUCCAUCAUAUGCAAUUUUUGGACUUAACUGCACCGAACGAGGAACACUCCGCCCCGGAGCAUACUGCACCCUUAGUCCCGUUUUAGGUUUGAACGUCGCAGAGCAGCAGGGAAGAACCCCGAUUACCCCAGAGAAAAGACUUGACAUCCGCCCCGAUGUUCCUGUAAGACUUCAGAAGAUUCCUCUUGGUUUCGGCAAAGAACUUAGACAUCUCUUAAUGGAUUUUAACCAAGAGGAAGAGAUCGUACAACGUCUUCGGGAGACGGAGAAGCAAGCCACCAUUCAACUCACCCAUGACCGAACAAAGAUUACCGCGGUUGCCACAGCAUUGGACAAGGACUCAAAGGUUUCAUGGUGGGAGAGUCUUUUCGGAUAUAGUCCUAAGGCAACUUCAUUUUUCAAUUUAUUGAUACACCCGAUGAUAGUGCUUCUGGCUCUGGUUGGACUCAUGUACCUUGGACUAUGGUGGAUGUAUCGGAGAGUCAAGAGACUAACGGACCAACUAAACCAGAACCAGACGGCACUGCACGAAGUCAACCGCCGAAGGCUCAGGACAUGA